AAAUUACCGCCUGCAUGAGUUGCAGACGCCUGUAUUACUUUAGCCAGCGGAGUACUGCUAAGAGACGCGCGCGCUUCCUUGACAACCAGUCUUCGAUUGGCAACAAAGGGCAAUCGUCGUCUGGCUCGAUAGCAUUCUACAGCAAUUUUACCAACAAUUUCUGUGAUUUUACCGAUCUAGGACAAAUUUUAGUCAUAAAAAACGACCCGGUGUUAUCCCCCGAUAUUCUCCCCGGCACAAGUCACUUUUAUCCACGAUGGCCUCAAAAGUUCGGGACGAUCUUCACUUGACAUCGACAGGAAAAGGGCAUUACUACAAGUCUCCUCACGGCUUUCCACCCCAAGGAUUUCGAAGAACUGUGUAUGAUGUGUUGCCACCCGUCCUCACAAACCCAGAUUAUGUUACUGACAGGGAGUACUUUCAAACAACUACUGGUACAACUCAUGACUACAAAGCACAGGGGGGAACCCUGAGUAACUCCCAGUUCAAGAAAGCUCCAGGAUCAUGGAAAGUUCAUUAUGUAGAGGAUAAUAUUGGAAAGUUGAGUGUGAAGCCUUGGAGAAGACCACUAACAAUGGGAAACCAGUGCAGUGAAAUGAUGUCUCAGUACACAGGGAGACCAGCAGUUAAUCUGGACACUGUUUAUAAUGCAGGAGUACAACCUUUUAAUCUUGCUGAUCACCACAGGGAGGGAAACAGUAAGGAUCUUGUACCAUCAACAAUAAACAGAGGCAUAACAGGGCAGAAGUUUUACCCAAGGGACAGAGGUGUACUGACCUACCACAUGGAUCCUUAUCUAACCACAACACAGAGAGAUCACAGAGCAUUCACAAAGCAUGAAUUGGGACGUUACCCAGCCAAAGAUUAUGCAACUUAUUGGGAAUGUGAAGAGUACACGAAAGCUUGGGGUCAUGGCUCAAAAGAAAAUCCUUUACCUCCAAAUUCAGUCCCCAGAGAAAAAGGACCUAUGAGGGACCGUAUCUGGUUCAGAGAGCCAACCACUAUCCCCAGGCUACCAAAGUCACUGGAGCCUGUGCCAAAUAAGGGAAUGAAAACACUGAUGAGUGAAUCCUACACCAUGCCUCCUGAGAGGAAAAGAUGGGAAUUAUUCACUUUGAAUGUGCCAAAACCUUGGCAUGCACCUCUUGAAAGCCCAGGCCCUGGAGAGACAUUCCUAGUUCCACGGAUGUACAACACAGAAUACCAAUUCUACGGCAGUGAAAAACCAGUCACAAUAUGAGGGAAUGUCACAUGCUUUUAAUUAGAGACAUCAUAUUUGAUGAGCUCUUUGUGAUAAUGCUCUUAACAAUUUCUUCUUCCAAAAAUGUAAG